UCAAGCUUUGCACGUAUGUUUUCGUAAUGGUUUAGAAAGAAGUGGAGGACGAAAGAGCAGACGGAAUUUAGCAAUGUCUUUCCGAUAUAUUUCUGUUGUACAGCGAGGGGAGAGACUGUUGAGAAGGGUGGCUUAUAGAAAUUGUUCCUCACACGAGUUGCAGCAUAGGAUACACCAGCUAAGCCGGUAUGCAUGGCCAGAUAACUUAACAUCCCUUUUGAGAGGAUGGAGCAUACUUCGAAAAGAUAUUCCAAAAGGUUUUGAGAAAUUCUUUCCUAAACAGGGACAGUCAGCACCUGAGAGCAAUGCAAAGCCAAAAGCAAAAGAGGCUUCUAGUCCCAAAACAGAACCACCACCUAACCGUUCAAGUGCCAGACAACAGUCGUCACAGGGUGAACGGAAACCAGACUUCAAUUUUACCUUUGGAAAAGGCCGAAGUCCAUUUGGAGACCCCAGUGAUCCUAACACAAAGAUGUUAAUUGGUUUAAUUGCUGGUGUGGGUAUUGUAGGGCUAAUUGGACUAUACCAAACGCAGUACAGAGAAAUCACAUACAAAGACUUUGUCAACAACUAUUUGGCACGUGGCACCGUGGAGAGGCUUGAGGUGGUCAACAAAAAGUGGGUUAGAGUAAAGCUGCUGCCAGGAACUCAAGUGGAUGGCUCAAAUAUCCUUUGGUUCAACAUAGGCAGUGUGGAAGCCUUUGAAAGAAACCUUGAAAAUGCACAAGUAGAGAUGAACAUUGAGCCUGCAAAUUUUGUCAGUGUCAUCUACAAGACAGAGACUGAAGUUGCUGCUAUAGUGUACUCAGCCCUUAACAUCAUUUUGCCUUUGGCAGUCAUCAUCUGGCUGUUCCGGCGGUCUGCCAACAUGUUUCAGGGUGGUGGUCGAGGAGGCUCGAGGGCAGGUGGUGGUGGCAUUUUUGGAUUUGGACAGAGUACAGCAAAAAUAAUAAAAGAAGAUAUUGGUGUAAAGUUCAGGGAUGUGGCAGGAUGUGAAGAGGCCAAGGUAGAGAUCAUGGAGUUUGUCAACUUUUUAAAGAACCCACAGCAGUAUAUAGAGCUUGGGGCCAAGAUUCCAAAAGGGGCCAUACUGACGGGUCCACCGGGUACAGGCAAGACUCUGCUGGCCAAAGCCACAGCUGGAGAGGCCAAUGUGCCUUUCAUCACCGUGUCUGGCUCAGAGUUUCUUGAGAUGUUUGUUGGUGUCGGUCCAUCCCGGGUGCGGGACAUGUUUGCCACGGCCAGGAAAAAUGCUCCUUGUAUUCUCUUCAUCGAUGAAAUAGACGCAGUGGGACGCAAGAGAGGUGGUCGUAACUUUGGUGGCCAAAGUGAGCAAGAGAACACGCUGAAUCAGCUACUAGUGGAGAUGGAUGGUUUCAACACACAGAGUGGUGUAGUAGUCUUGGCAGCUACUAACAGAGUGGAUAUCUUAGACCCAGCUUUGCUACGACCAGGUCGUUUUGACAGACAGAUCUAUGUACCAGCACCAGACAUCAAGGGAAGAGCUUCAAUUUUCAAAGUUCAUCUCAAGCCUUUAAAAACAGACCUGAAUAAAGACGAGCUUGCGAGGAAGAUGGCAGCCCUGACACCUGGCUUCUCGGGUGCUGAUAUUGCCAAUGUGUGCAAUGAAGCAGGGUUGAUAGCAGCCAGAGACAUGAACACCACUAUCGAGAUGAAACAUUUUGAACAAGCUAUUGAGCGAGUUGUGGCAGGGUUGGAGAAGAAGACACAGGUUCUGCAACCAGAGGAGAAAAAGACAGUGGCUUACCAUGAGGCUGGCCAUGCAGUGGCAGGCUGGUUCCUGGAGCAUGCAGACCCACUGCUGAAAGUAUCCAUUAUACCUCGUGGUAAAGGGCUUGGCUAUGCUCAGUACCUGCCCAAGGAGCAAUACCUGUAUACAAAGGAGCAGCUGUUGGAUAGAAUGUGUAUGACCCUCGGUGGCCGUGCAUCAGAACAAAUCUUCUUUAAUCGUAUCACCACAGGUGCACAAGAUGACUUGAGAAAAGUCACGCAGAAUGCAUAUGCUCAGGUAGUACAUUUUGGCAUGAAUGAAAAAGUUGGCCAGCUGUCCUUUGAGAUACCACAGCAAGGUGAGAUGGUGUUUGACAAGCCUUACAGUGAACAGACAGCUCAGCUUAUUGACGAGGAAGUGCGAAAGAUUGUGAAAGAGGCUUAUGACAGGACCAUUGCCCUCUUAACACAUCACAAGGAGGAUGUUGAAAAGGUGGCAAAGCGCCUGCUGGAGAAGGAGAAGCUGGACAAAGAUGAUAUGAUCGAAUUACUGGGAAAGAGACCGUUUGCAGAAAAGUCUACUUAUGAGGAGUUUGUAGAAGGAACUGGUUCUUUUGAAGAGGACACCAAUCUUCCCAAGGGAUUGGAGAGUUGGAACAAAGAACGAGAGCUUGAGGAGGGAAGUGAAAAAAACAAACAGGUUGAAAAAGAGAACUUAAAGGCUUGUACCUAGGUACCGUUCAGCGCAGUAUAUGGGCUGCUGUUUACAGACUAAUGCUUUGUGCCAAUGUGUAGGCACUAUCAACAGGAAGUAAAAGGCUGAUGAGAAAUUUAGGAGAGCAUUAAAAAGAGGACUGCUUAAAGAUGAUUUUUGGAGAUGGUAUGGACUUUUUAAGACUAUUGGUGUCAAAAUGUGUGCAGUGUGUGGUGGAUGACUGUCACUUUCGUCUGUUUUACUGCUUAGCAACUCAAAUGGAUAGUAAACUCUUUUGGAAUAUAUCUUCUUGGAUUGUAAUUGUGGUACAGGGUUUUCUGAGUUUUAGUGGGUGGAAUAGAAAACACUAAGAUUUUUGGGCUGUAACUGGUCACACAAGUUACUCUGAUAUUACAGAAAUGUUUUUGACAUUCUUACAAAAAUUGUUAAGGCUGGAUGAGUUUAAGAUGGACUUAAAACUAGACAUUGAAAUUGUAACAACUAAUGUUAUCCAUUGCACAUACAAAUAAUGAAGACUUUUAUGGUUAGAUGUAGACUUUUAAACUACAUUUUCCUAUACAAAUGUUCAUUUUGUGUAAAAAAAAAAAUGAAGAAAAAUCCCAACACCUCCCUUUCAAUAUCUAUGAGUGUGAAAAGUAUGCUAGUGUGGGUGUGUUUGUGCCUUGCGACACCAGCAAGCUCAGUUUAAUGUCAUUAUGACUUCAUGAUACUGCCACUUCAUAAAAAACCUCAAGUGUUUACCUUUGUGCAAGUCUGGAAACUGCAGAUGGCUGUCAAGCUUUGGCCUCAGCUGUGUUGCUGCAAGAAUCAGAAUAUAGUUUGAAGGAGUUUUUGUGAUUUAUGCCAUAUGUAAUCUAAUCAAAUUGGAACAUACAUAGAGCCAAGCAUGAAAUAACUUUGAAAUAAAUGAGUCUGCACUUUUUC